CAAUCAUAUGCAAUCAUAAGAAUAAAACACGGUCAGCAGUGGACGCAAUAAUUUGUCUUUAUUAUUUUUUUCAAAUUAUUUUCUAUUGAACUCUUGGGCAGCCCAAUGGGCGUUAUUGUUUAAUACUUCAAUUUGGGCAAAGUUAUUAUUAUUGUUAUUUAAAAUCAUAGUGUAUUGGGAGAAUUGUUUCUUCACUCUUGUGUUGACAUAAGGCAUAUUGCUAUAGAUACAUUUACAACAUUGGACAAUAAAUACGCUUUGUGAGUGCACGUACACACACACUCACACAUACACUGACUCACAUACACAGAGAGAAGCACACUGAAAUGAUAUUCUGUCAUGUGUUUGCAUGAUUCAACUCAAAUGAUGAUAUCGACUUCGAUGACAACAAAUACAACUGGUGCUUCUUGUUCCUCUACGACAACGACGACGCUUACGACGACGCCUAUGCCUAUUCCUACUUCUAAUACUAGUACUGAUAUGCUUCCGCCUAAAACUCCACAAUCCGCAACAAAUUCAUCACAUCAGACAAAUCUAUAUCACCAGCAUCACCACCAACAUCAACAUCAACACCAUCACCAAACAGAAAAUUCCCUUCCAGGUGAUGAUGAUGAUGAUACUGCAAUCAGUUUAGAUGGUACUUGUUACGGCGCUAAUCUUAACGAGGAUUCUAUGAUGAUCUUGUCACAAUCAAUUGAUUCUAUACAUACAGUUGGAACUAAUAAUGGGGAAGGGAAUGAG